AUUUAAAGCGUGCUGGAAAAGACUCUUCCAAAUAACUGGUUUUGUGUAAUAGAUUUGCGUAAUCUAGUGAGCGCUUGAUAUAUAUUUUUUUUGAACCUGGCUGUUCUCCCCCCGUCUACAGCACUUGGUUUCGUCCAAACCUGGUUGGUGAUUUUCGUUGAGCGUGUAUGGCAUCGCGUUCAUUCAACUGAACGGGGAAAAGCGCACCGGUCCGCGCCAUCGUCUGCUGUCAAUGGCUUUCGGGGUUUGUUUUAUUUGAAUGUCCGGACUUUCUUCUCUCUAUAAAAAAACAAAACAAAAAAAACCCCUGAAAACCAAUAAUGGAUAUCCUAUGGAUUUUAUGGAUACUACACACAGCACUGGCUCUUGAAGAAACCUUAAUGGAUUCCACUACAGCAACAGCUGAGCUGGGAUGGACAGUAUUUCCUGUAUCGGGUACCAGUGAGAACAGUUGGGAAGAGGUGAGCGGAUACGACGAGAACAUGAACACUAUUCGCACCUACCAAGUUUGCAAUGUCUUUGAUGCCAACCAGAACAACUGGGUCCGCACCAAGUACAUCCACCGGCGUGGAGCGCAGCGUAUACAUGUGGAGAUGAAGUUCUCAGUGCGGGACUGCAGCAGCAUCCCCCGGGUUCCGGGCUCCUGUAAGGAGACUUUCAAUCUGUACUACUAUGAAUCAGAUGCCGACACGGCAACUAAAGUUCACCCUCCAUGGAUGGAGAACCCAUGGAUGAAGGUGGACACAAUUGCUGCUGAUGAAAGCUUCUCACAGGUGGACUUAGGCGGACGCGUGAUGAAGAUCAACACAGAAGUGCGCAGCUUUGGGCCUGUUUCACGUAAUGGGUUCUACUUGGCCUUCCAGGAUUAUGGUGGCUGCAUGUCACUCAUUGCAGUCCGCGUUUUCUACCGUAAAUGCCCUCGGGCCAUCAGGAAUGGGGCCAUUUUUCAAGAGACUCUUUCAGGGGCUGAAAGUACUUCCCUGGUAGCAGCGAGAGGAGUUUGCAUCCCCAAUGCAGAGGAAGUUGACGUACCAAUCAAACUGUACUGUAAUGGAGAUGGCGAGUGGAUGGUGCCUAUCGGUCGGUGCAUGUGUAAGGCUGGCCAUGAACCUGUUGACAAUGGCACUGUAUGUCGAGCAUGCCAGUCGGGUUUCUUCAAGCCAGCACAGGGCGAUGAGGCGUGUCUGCCAUGUCCCAUCAACAGCCGCACUACCAAUGAUGGUGCCACCAACUGUGUGUGCCGAAACAACUUCUACCGCACUGACUCGGACCCCAUUCAGAUGCCCUGCACAACCGUACCAUCAGCUCCACAGAAUGUGAUUUCUAAUGUAAACGAGACGUCACUGAGGCUGGAAUGGAGUCCUCCACGUGACAGUGGCGGACGCAGUGAUGUUGUUUACAAUUUGAUCUGUAAGAGCUGUGGUGGCAGAGGCUGUACACGAUGCGGGGACAACGUUCAGUUCACACCACGCCAGCUGGGCCUCACCGACACAUGGGUCUACGUCAGUGACCUGCUAGCGCACACACAGUACACCUUUGAGGUGCAGGCUGUCAAUGGUGUUUCAGACCAGAGCCCACAUUCACCCCAGUACGUGUCUGUCAACAUAACAACCAACCAGGCCGCUCCCUCUACAGUGUCUAUAAUGCACCAGGCUAGUCGUACAGUGGAUAGCAUCACACUCUCCUGGUCGCAGCCAGAUCAACCCAAUGGAGUCAUUCUGGACUAUGAGUUGCAGUACUAUGAAAAGGAUCAGACCGAGCACAACUCAUCCAUUGUGAGGAGUCAGACCAACACCGCUGUCAUCCGCGGCCUUAAGCCCGGCGGAAUUUACGUGUUCCAAGUGCGGGCACGUACAGUGGCCGGGUUCGGACGCUACAGCGGCAAGAUGUACUUCCAGACCAUGACAGAGGAGGAAUACAACACCAGCAUCCAGGAGAAACUGCCUCUCAUCAUUGGCUCAGCAGCUGCUGGGCUAGUCUUCCUCAUUGCUCUGGUGGUCAUCAUCAUUGUGUGUAACAGGACAGAAGAAAGGUGGAAUCAAUCAAGGCGUGGCUUUGAGAGAGCAGAUUCAGAAUACACAGACAAGCUGCAGCACUACACCAGCGGCCACAUGUCACCAGGAAUGAAGAUCUACAUUGAUCCAUUUACCUAUGAAGAUCCCAAUGAAGCAGUAAGAGAGUUUGCCAAGGAAAUUGACAUCUCGUGUGUAAAGAUUGAACAAGUCAUUGGAGCAGGAGAGUUUGGGGAGGUGUGCAGUGGCAACCUGAAGCUCCCAGGAAAGAGGGAGAUGUUUGUCGCCAUUAAGACACUGAAAUCGGGCUACACUGAAAAACAGAGACGCGACUUUUUGAGCGAGGCUAGCAUCAUGGGACAAUUUGACCACCCGAACGUCAUACAUCUGGAAGGAGUGGUGACCAAAAGCAGCCCUGUGAUGAUCAUCACAGAGUUUAUGGAGAACGGAUCACUGGACUCUUUCCUGCGGCAAAACGAUGGGCAGUUCACGGUGAUCCAGCUAGUAGGCAUGCUGCGUGGGAUUGCCUCGGGAAUGAAGUACCUUGCCGAUAUGAAUUACGUGCACCGUGACCUGGCAGCCCGGAACAUCCUAGUUAACAGCAACCUGGUGUGUAAGGUGUCAGACUUUGGGCUCUCACGCUUCCUGGAGGAUGACACAUCUGACCCCACCUACACCAGUGCUCUGGGUGGGAAAAUCCCCAUCCGCUGGACUGCACCAGAAGCUAUCCAGUACAGGAAAUUCACCUCAGCCAGUGACGUAUGGAGCUAUGGCAUCGUCAUGUGGGAGGUGAUGUCCUACGGAGAGAGGCCAUACUGGGACAUGACUAAUCAGGAUGUGAUCAAUGCUAUUGAGCAGGACUACAGGUUGCCUCCACCUAUGGACUGCCCCAGUGCCCUGCACCAGCUCAUGCUCGAUUGCUGGCAGAAGGACCGCAAUAAUCGUCCCAAAUUCAACCAGAUUGUUAACAACCUGGACAAGAUGAUCCGUAACCCCAACAUGCUGAAGGCCAUGACACCUCUUUCUUCAGGUGUGCACUUGCCCUUGCUGGACCGCAGCAUGCCUGACUUCUCCAGCUUCAGAACUGUGGACGACUGGCUGGAUGCUAUCAAGAUGGGCCAGUACAAAGACAACUUCGCCAAUGCUGACUUCACCAGCUUCGAUUUGGUCUCGCAGAUGACAAUGGAGGACAUCCUUAGGGUGGGUGUGACUCUAGCAGGUCACCAAAAGAAGAUCCUCAACAGCGUGCAGAUGAUGAGGGCGCAGAUGAACCAGAUCCAGUCGGUGGAGGUUUGACCUCCAGGCCUGAUCCUGCACACAAAGGCAGGAGGGACAAGAGGACAGAUGGAGGUGGAUGCGUGCUGAGCCUGAUUUUUUCCCCUCUGGGCCACUAUUCUUUCCCCAAGGCAAUCUCCUCUGGUCCUCUCUUCCUAACCCUGCCCUCCGUGUUCUCCCUGUUCCCCUACAAACCACCAAGCAACACAGCAAAAAUGUCGUCCCUUUGACAUCGAUAACACUUUUGCCCGAUCCAUCAGUUGUCUCAACUGCCAAAACAUAGCAAAGAAGAAUUUUCACCAAGAGCACGCUCAUCUUUUUGCUCUUCCUUAUGAUUAUUCAUUUAAAUUUUUUUGUCAUGUUCUUAAAUGAUUUUUCUAAAGAUUUUUUAAAAAUAAAACCUACAUGAACAGAAAGAUCUAUAUGAUAUAUAUAGAUACAUGUCAAAGUGUAGAUGGAUUUCACUGAAAGGCUACCCUUUAAAAGGGCAAAAUACACCAAUACGAAAGGUACAACAGCAAGCAAUGUGCUUUGUUAUUCUACUUUACAGUACUUUACACUUAAUAGGAAUAUUGACUCCCUGCUCAGAGGCUUCAAAUGGAAGAAACCAUAAUCCCUGUGCUAUCAUUGAAAAGGCAGAGAAAAGGAAAUGAAAUGGAAACUUUCUCAUGACUGCCGUUAUUUACACGAAAGGAAAAAAAAAGACAUUUCUGUUAUUUAGCUGUUUGAAACACCUGAAGCAAAUACAAAACAAAACAACAAAAAAAGUCUUCUCUCAAAAGUAGUAGUCUUGUGGACAGUGUUGACUUUGUAAUGAAGAUUUCCUCUGCUUCCAUUCACCAUGGGGAAAAAUGAGACUUUUUUUUUUUUUUUUACAGACAUCAUAACCUGCCAAAUAGGACAUCAUUCUGUCCUACCUCAUAGCUCGUAGGUCCUUCUGUACAUAUCAGAUGCACUUGACAUUGGGACAUCAUCAGUGUAGUCACCUAGUGCGUGGCUGUUUUCAUUCAGGCAACAAUUGUUCACUUUGUGGUUUUUCCCUUCAUUUUAAAUCAAGCGUUUGUGGUGACAUUUUCAUCAUUUAGUACAUAAAACAAAAUAUAUAGAUUCCCAUCAAAUAUGUAGAGAUAAAAAUUAAAAUUGCUUAGGAUAUUUUUUUCAUUAUUAUUAUUAUUAUUAUUAUUAUUAUUAUUGUUGUUAUUAAUAAUAAUAAUAAUAAUAAUAAUUUACCAUUUACGUAGAAGGACCCUGAAUGAACAUAGAUUUGUUUUUGUUUUUUUACAUAAAUUCAUUUUCCAAGAGCUCAGAAUAGUAUUAAUUAAUCAAAUCAGGAUGUCCUGUUCAGAAUGACAUGGCCCUUUCCACUGGGAUAGUACUGUGUACACAAGCAUUGUGUUAUGAUUCCAGUGGCCAUGGCAACGUUAAUGUCAAAUGGUACGGUUAGAACGCUUAAUAUGUGCUUAAUAAUGACUUUAAGAGCAGGAGGAUGAGUACUAUGUUUAUAAAUGUGGUUUGUGUGACUGAAUAGAAAGCUAAAUGACACUCAUAUACAUCCCCUUAACAGCCUGUCUCCAAUGGUUCUCGAGAUUUCUGCCUUUUUACCAACAUGAAGCGCAUAAAACAUAAAAAAAAAACUAAGGAAAAAAAUUGUAAAUAUCCAUGUAAGAAAUACGUGUUGGAUUUUAAUGUACAGAAUUUUUUUUUUUUGUUGUUGUUGAAAAUGAAAUUAAGAGCUGUCAAAUCUGGGCUUUUGUUUCUAUAAGAGAGAGACGAUGGGGACUGUGGGAUUAUCCUUUAGCAUGGUCACAGUGAGCAGAGCAGCAGAUACAAAACCACAGACACCUCCAGCUGUGCUACAUGAUGUGUGUGUGUGUGUGUGUGUGUGUGUGUGUGUGUGUGUGUGUGUGUGUGUCCUGGCAUGGAGGUCACUUGUGGUUAACAGUGCUCAAUUACACUUUGUCUAGCUCAGCUCACCAGAGACUUCCUCCGCUCCAUAACCUCAGGGUUGACGUACAUCUUUAAUACAUUUAAAACCCCUCGGUACAGUGCAGCUAGUCACUUCGACCACACUUCAGUUCGCAUAAGCUCCGUUGGCUGAUCCAGUGCCUCGAGUGGAGCGAUGUGAACUGAUUAAUAUAGCACAGUGCUCAUCUGGCGCCGAUUUUCUGACCACAGAUGCAUCAGAGCUGCUCCUGCUCUGCAUCUUCAUUUGUUCCUAUCACAUGAACUACUUCAUAGAAAUAUCUGCUUAUCUCUAGUCCCAUUAUGCUGUAUUUAUACGUUCUGUACAUGGACAUUAUACCUCCAGUAGGCUUAAGCCGCAGGUUUCAUUUCCUUUCCUGCAUUUUGAUCGAUCCCUUUUCAUCAUUUUCAUCAUUCCUUUUGUCUAUCCAGGCCUCUUUUAUUCAAGAAGAGGUUAUUAUUUAUUUAAUAUGCGACUAUCAGGAUUUUGCCCACAGUGGUUCCAUGAAUCAGCGUGACUAUUUAAUGGGCUGAUGGAUAGAGACUGAUUAUCUCUUCCAGACUUUCUGAAAUUCUUCACUGAUGCCACACUUUUGCAAGACCCAUAACUCCUGCUCCAGUGUUCCAAUAUUUAAUGGCACCUCAGUCUUCCUAAGAAUAGCACCGCUUUCUUUCAUUCUUUUCUUCUUCUUUCUUUUGUUCCCUCUCUGUUUGCAUACCAAAUCACAAUUUGCAUUAGAGGACUGAUAGCAUUAUGUUUGAAUUUCAGUUACCGAAAGAGAUAUGGAGCAAGUAAUCCGAAGACUGGUUGCUGUAGUAAUAAAUCAGUGGAAGUGCAACAUGUUUAUCUGCUGUAGUGUUAAUGGCACUUCUACAUCUGAAAAUUAAUGCAGAAUUUAUCAGCCCUGUGUUAUACUUAUAAAAAAAAUGCACUGCUUUUGAAAUGAAAAUGAAGUGAAAUUACAUUUAAAGACUUCUUGAGAGUCAUUCAUUCAGGGGCUUAGCUCUUAUGUUCAUUUGCCUGGUAUUAAGCUGUUUCAAGGAAAUAAACGAGGCAGCAACAGCCUGUAAAAAAAGAAAUAAAUAAGUUCAAGUUCAAGUUUAUUUCUAUAGCGCUUUUCACAGUGGACAUUGUCUCAAAGCAGCUUUACAGAAUUUAAGAAUUAAAGUGAAUGAUGUGUGUUUAUCCCUGAUGAGCAGCCUGGGGUGACUGGCAUGUAAGUAUAAAUACAAUACACGUGUGUGUGUGUGUGUGUGUGUGUGU